CAGCAAUCAAACGCGUCGCAAGACUAAUGCGAGAUUAAAGUACAAUUCGAGCUGUUGCGAGCAACAAGUGCAGCCAAAACGAUCAAUCAAUGUAUUAACAUUAUCAGUACUCUAUAUACUCUAUCAUUUGUGUGGAAAAGCCGCAGAACAAAAGCUAAAAUGCAGCAACGCCGGCAAACGAACAGCAGCAAAAUGAUUUCUCGGCUGCCGCUGUUGUUGCCGCUGCUGAUGCUAGUCACCUGCUGUGCCGCUGCGGGCGCCUCUUUAAUACCCGCCGGCUCGCAGCAGCUUUUCGAGCUGUCGAGUAAGGUGAGCCUGGAACCGCUCGCAGGCAGCCAAUCAGAGGAUGUCAGCUACAGCUUUGAGACGCAGCUCAAGAUAAGCUCAGUGUGGAGCAGAGAUGAGGAGCAGCUGCUGGAAAUCGAGCUGAGCAAAAGCCGCGUCAGCGCAACAGCGCAGCAAAAGGAGCGCGAGAUCAACAGCCUGCCGGACAGACCCUUCUACGUGGCCCUCAGGCAGGGUCAGCCGCAACAGGUGAUCGCGCACACGUCCCGCGAUCAGUCGCUGCUCAACCUGGAGCGCGGCAUCGCCUCGCUGCUGCAGCUGCGCCUCGCCAGCAGCGACAGCGGCGAGAACGAGCUGGACGUCUCCGGGCAUUGCCGGGUGCGCUACCAUGUGAAAUCUUCGACGCGCGUGGAGAAGACCAAAACGGACUGUGCGCUGUGGGAUUUGCGGGUCAGCUAUCAUCCGGAGCAGGCGCUGGGCGUGUCGCAGCAGUCGCAUGAGCAGGUGGACUACGAGCUGAGCGCGGAUGGCGCACUGCUGCGCGCCGAGUCCAUGGAGACGCAUCGCCUGACGCUGGCGGCCAAGCCGGAUGUGGGCAGUGUGGUGCGCGGCCGCCUGCGACUGCAGCAUGUGGCGCUGGGCGCGGAGGAGCAGGUGCCACAGCUGCAGCAGACCACGUUGGAUGCGGCCAUUGACAGCCUGUUGGAAUGGUAUCGCGUGUUCGAGCUGGAUGCGGAUGUGGACGGCGUCAUCAGCGAGCUGCAGGAGCAAACGCUCCAGGCGCAAUUCGAGCUUAGCGUCAAGGAUUUGCAAGCGGCGCACGUGGGCAAAUCCUCGCUAGCGCUGGCCUUUGCCCAGCUGCUGCCCUUGGCGCGCAUCGCCAAGCAGCCGCAGUUCGAGGCGCUGCUGCAGUCGCAUCCCAGGCUGGCCGGCCAGCUGGUGGAUCUGCUGGGCGCCGUGCAGACCUACGAUGCGCACAAUGCCAGCUUUGCGCACUUCUAUAAGGGAUCAGACACCAAGGCGGAGUCGCUGGAGCUGCUGGAGAGGUAUCUGCAAGCGCUGGCCGUCGGCACGCACCCGGAGCGCCGUAUUCUGGAGCAGCUCUUCGACUUUUUGCAACAGCCGCCGGCGCACAAGUCGCACGCCAAGCUGCGGGACAGCGUGCUCCAAACGCUCGCCACGCUCACGCGCCAGAGCGGCCUCGAUGUCAACGAUCAGCUGCUGCAGCAGAUACGCGUCCAUCUGCUGGAGGGGCUCGCCUCCUCGCCGGAUCCCAUCAUGUACACACGCGCCCUGCAGAAUCUGCGCGAUCCGCAGACCAUUGAUGCACUGCUUCAGCAGGCGACGCAGUCGACCCAGCCCAAGCUCUCGGUGGCCGCCUUGCAGGCACUCAAAGCCUUCCCAGCUCUCAGCUAUGCGGAGCCGCAUCGCCUCCAGUUCGAGAGCAUUUUCUAUCAGCGCCAGCGUCGCUUUGACAGCUCCGCCCGCACCCUGGCCCUGGACAUGCUGCUGGCCAUGCGUCCCAGUGCCGAGCAGCUGGGCCAGCUGCUCGACUACUUGGCCUCCAACGAUCGCCAGUUUGAGAUUAAAACUUAUGUGCUGCAAAAGCUGCGCAUGCUCGCCGAGAUUUGUCCACGUUUCCGCGCCAUGUUCCAGUCGGCACUCAGCCAGCGAGCGCACGUCAACAACUACAACGUGCUGGGACAGCGGGGUCUCACCACCGUGUUGACCCGUCAGCUCUCCCAGUCGCCCGCUUUCAAUGAGACCCUGCUGAGCACCCAGGAGGUGUACCAGGGCAUAUUGAAACGUGGCUCCGUGGAGUUCAUGCUGCACGCGGGACGCGCAGAGGCGAGCAGCUUUAAGCUGGGCAUCUACACCGCAGGCCUGAGCUCCCUUGUCGGCGAUGGCGAUGCGGAUGAGGGCAAUGGCCAAAUACCCGCGGACGAUGACCUGGAGCAGGAGGAGACGGUCACCGCGGGCAUGGAGAUCAGUGUGCAGGGCGCACAGCUGCGUCCGCUGAUCUUCUUCAACGGCCAAACGGAGCUCAUGGGUCAUGUGUGGGGCGGCAGCGCCUCGGAGACAACGCCGGCAUAUCAGGCGACCACGCUGGCGCAGGAUCAUGAGCAGUACAUUGUCCUGGCAUCGGGUGCGACGCUGCACUGGCGUGUGCUGGGCGCCCGAAGCGUGGAUCUGAAUGGCAAAGUUACCUUCAGCCUGUGGAAUCGCAAUGCCCAAACGGAGAUCCAGCAAAACACGGGCAGCGCUGUGGUCUCCCACCUGGCUGUGGGCUUCACCUAUGCCAAGCUGCUGCAGGAUGUGACGCUGCGCCACGAGCCCAAGCUCAGCCUGCAGGCGGAUCUGGACUUUUAUGACAACAUGAAACUCUGCAUGCAGCUGCAGAGUCCCGAACAGUUGCUCACACAAUCCAAUAAGCGCUCCGUUUAUCUGCAGUCGGUGGAGCAGCCGUAUGCCAAACAUUUGCGUUCGACGCAGACCCACAAAUCGGCGGGCCGCACUUUUGCCUUGAAUCAAAAGAAUAACGAGAUGUGCAACAUUAUAUUUGCGUAUUCCUGAGAUUAAAAUUGCAUUUAUCUAUACUUU